AUGACAUUGUCCCCGCCAGAUAAUGUCCCGAGAACUAGCAAGCCGGAAGUUUCAGGCAUGGCUGCUGCCACGGUUGACUUCGAUCAACCUCAGCAAGACAGUAACAUUGAGAGCUCAGCGACACAAUCUACGGCGAUGCACGGAUUCAAGCUCUAUGCUAUUUUCAUAAGGAUCUGUUUCGGCGCCUUCAUGAUGUCCUUAGAUAUCUUCGUCAUCGCAACAGCCGUUCCAUCAAUCACGUCCGACUUCAAGGAUACAUCACAGCUGGCCUGGUAUCCCACCGCAUAUUCACUUACAACAUGUGCCAUGACUCCGCUGGCUGGGAAACUCAGCACAAUGUUCCCUCUCCGCUGGAUCUACAUAAUAUUCUUUUCCAUAUUUAUGGUCGGCAACCUCAUCUGUGGGUUUGCUCCCAACAGCAACACCUUCAUUGUUGGUCGUGCUAUCGCGGGUAUUGGCGCAUCGGGUGUGGCCAGCGGUGGGCUGGUAAUCGUUCUCACUGUCUCUUCGGAAAAGAUGAAUCCACUCUUCAUGGGUAUAUGCAGCAGUUGCUUUGCCUUGGGGCUUAUCCUCGCGCCCGUCUUGGGUGGUGCCUUGACGGAGAAGGCGACGUGGCGGUGGUGCUUUUGGAUUAAUCUUCCUCCAGGGGCAUUGACUUUACUUUCUAUGCUUUGUUUCUUCCGUCCUCCAUCAAUACAGCGCGAGCAGACCAUCUCUCAAAGAAUCAAAACCCUCGAUCUCAUUGGGUGCGGCAUCUUCAUUCCAGCCAUCUUCAUGUUACUACUGGCAAUGACAUGGGGUGGAACGGCCAGGGAGUGGAAUUCGGCAGUCAUUAUCGGUCUCUUUGUGGGUUCGGGAGCGAUGAUUAUCCUUUUUGUCUGUUGGGAAGGCUACAAAGGCCAUGACGCUAUGAUACCUGGGUCCUUGCUGCUCAGACGGACCAUAACCUUUAGCAUCUUGUUUUCCUUUUGUCAUUUUGGGGCCUUGGGCAUCGCGUCCUACUAUCUUCCGGAAUGGUUCCAAGCCGUUCAAGGCGCCUCUCCUCUCGAAAGCGGGACCAGAUUAUUAGCUUCAGUGCUCACUCAAAUUGUGGGAACAAUCUCUGCUGGUAUUCUAGCACGCAGAAUUAAGUACUAUAAUCCCUGGUUCUUCGUUGGGCCUCUCUGCAUGUGCACGGCAGCAGCGCUAUACUCCCAGUUUUCGGCUUUCAACACACCGUCCAGCCAUUGGAUUGGGUUCCAGGUCAUCCAGGGUCUCGGGGUUGGCAUGGCCCAGCAAAUGCCAUCGCUCACAAUCCAGUUGGCUGUGAAGGAUCAGCCAGAUCUUCUGCCCGUUGGGGUGUCUCUCAAUCUGUUUUCCCAAUACCUUGGGGCCACGGUCACACAAGCCCUAGAUGGUGUCGUGUUCCGCUCCGGCUUAAACCGACAACUCCACGACCACGCCGGAUUGAACGCCUCCCAAAUAGUGCUCUUGUCAAAGGCUGGGACUGCUCAUGUUCGUGAAAUCACGGAACAGCACUUUCCCAGUUCGCUUCGUCGGGUCUUAGAAUCCUAUAAUCAAGCCAUUACUUCAACAUUUUUCAUUGGCGUUGCUAUGACGGCCACGGCCUUCUUCCUGGCGUUUGGAAUUGAGUGGAAGAGAAUUGACGGGCCAGAGCCGGACCCGAGGAUUGGGCGCGAAGAAAAUGAACUUGGAUUGACGGAACGCCGGGAGACAUAG